AUGUCGUUAAACCAAUCAAUCGGUGGUACUCCAGCUGGAGACAUUCCUGCAAAUGAGAGUCCUAUAAGUCAGCAUUCACCAAUGGGCAGGGUGACAUUUUUGAAGUUGAAGACACAGGCCAUGUAUAAGCGCCUUGAAUGCAUAAGUGCUGAUAUGGACUCGGAGCGGUUGCAAAGCAUGGACGAAUAUGCUUUAGCGGCAAUAGUUGAUUCAGUUAAUGAACUGAAAUCAAAUUUCUUGGCUGCACACACAAGCUUGGAGGAGCAUGACUUUGAAUCUAUCGGAAGUGAUUUACUUACCCAAUUUGAUACGAAUUUGGUUCAGUUGAAGGCUACUCUACAACGUGAAAUUGGAAAGCGUAGCGCUUCUCAACAUUGUUCCACAUUCAAGAUGAACAGCAAUGAAUUCCAGCCUAUUAUAGUGAAUACUAAUCGCUCUCGUUUGCCUCAAUUAACGUUGCCGAAAUUCAGUGGAUCUUAUAUAGAGUGGACAAAUUUCUAUUCGAUGUUCACAUCAGUCAUCAAUAAGGACAGCGACCUAAGCAAUGUGGACAAAUUGCAACAUUUGCAUUCCUGCUUGAGUGGUGCUGCUCUUGACACCAUACGAUCGUUGGAAAUAAAUGAGGCUAAUUAUAAAAUUGCAUUAGAUCUUCUCAUUAAACGAUUUGAUAAUAAAUGUCUUAUUUUUCAGGUACAUAUCAGGGAGAUUUUCGGGAUGGACAAAGCAGAUGGUACUGUCAGCAAGCUGCGAGCGUUGUCGGACAAGGUCAACUCGCAUAUAUGUGCGUUGCAGUCACUUGGCUCCAAAGAGCAAAUAGCGGACUGCAUAGUGGUACAGUUUUUAACUCAAAAGUUGGACAAAGUAACUCAAGCAAAAUGGGAAGAAAGUUCGUCAAUAAACGAGUUACCAUCGUGGGAAUCAUUAGCUGCAUUUUUAGAACAUCGAUGUCGUACCCUCGAGAACGUAGAGCAUGCAUUACAAACACAAGCUGAAACAUUUGGUAAAACUGGAAAAACCGUGAGUACACAUCAAAGAAAAUCCUUUGUUGCUUCAAAUAGCUUACUGGGUGUUUGUGCAUUUUGUGGAAAUGCUGAACAUUUGAAUUAUAAUUGCCAACGGUUUUUAAAUCUUACGCCUAAUAUUCGUCAGAAAGAAGUUAAGAAACUUUUACUAUGUCUAAACUGUUUAAAGAAAGGCCAUCAGAUGCGAGACUGCAAAUCUAGUAAUUGUCGAAAAUGUCAUUCAAAGCAUCACACGCUUUUACAUUUUAAUCGUUUACCAUCAGCUAAUAGUAACGAUUUACCAUUAAUAUCGAACUCUGUCCAAGCUAAUGCCAUGACUGCAACGCUGCCAACGCAGCCUGACAUCUCUGCUUCCCGAUCUCCAUCUGAUGUUGUGCUUUUAGCUACAGCAAUCGUUUUAGUAAAGAAUCGUGCCGGAACUUUCGUACCUUGUCGCUCACUUUUGGACUCUGGCUCACAGAUUCACUUCGUCACAAGUCGCUUCGCAAACCAACUUCAACUGCCUAAAUCUAAAUCCUUCGCUUCGGUUUCUGGAAUUGGAGAUGCAAAUUUUCCAACAGAUGGAUACUCAGUCAAUCUCGUACUAAAGUCGCGGACUUCAGGUUACUCAACAAACAUUACUGCUCUUGUCGCUCAAACGAUUACUGAUAAUCAACCGGGAACUUCAGUCAUGACCGAUGAUUGGAAUGUUCCUUCGAAUAUCCAACUAGCCGAUCCUGCUUUCAACAUACCACAACGCAUCGAUAUGCUCAUCGGAGCAGGACUCUUCUUCGAACUCAUUUGUGUGGGGCAGAUAAAGUUGGCACCUGGGUUACCUAUUCUUCAAAAAACUCGACUGGGAUGGGUUUUAUCUGGUGGUUGGCAGCAAACUCCUCAACUAUCGACAUUUAUUGUAAGCCAAAGAUCAUCUAGUGGAAUUGAUAACGAUAUCCAGUUAGACAAAUUAGUUCGCCGCUUUUGGGAAAUUGAACAUAUUCAUGAACCAAUUACCAAAACUUCUAAAGAAGACCUCGAGUGUGAGGAACAUUUCAAAAAUAAUUAUUCACGCUUACCUUCGGGCGAGUAUUCGGUUCGCUUACCCAUUAAGUGCAGCUUAGAUUCACUUGGAGAUUCAUAUUUAGCUGCUAGACGCAGAUUCGAGAAUAUUGAACGCAAAUUUAGUAGAAAUCCUAAUUUGAAAGCGAAAUAUAGCUCAUUCAUGAAGAAAUAUGAGCACCUUGGUCAUAUGUCGUUAUUUCUGAAAGAAUGA